AAUACUGUUUUUAAAAGUUGCACACUGCCUUUUACAGCCUCGAGCAUUUUGAAUGUGAGAAUCAGUGGAGAUCAUUGACACCUGUGAAUGAAGGCUGAUUACAUGUCAGGACCAAACAUGUUGCAGCUCCUGCACGUUGCUGUGUUGUGGUUCUACCUUCUCCUCCCCUCGAUGCUCUGUGACAAUCUGCACUGCUACUACAGCUACAUCCAGGAGAAGGAGGGGACCGUUGAGCUCAUUGUGACAGAGUGCCCCCCUGAUGAGCUGUGCUUCAAGGCCAAUGGUCGCUAUGGCAACCACAGCAUCCUGUCAGCCAGGGGCUGCAUGGUGGAGGAGGACUGCAGCCAGGUGCACAGCCUUACCUUUAAAGGAACCAUCUACAAAAUGAGCUACGACUGCUGUGAUUGGCCAUACUGUAACUCCUGCCUGGGCGUCACACCUAAAUCCCUCUACUUUACUGUAACACUUGUGAUUGUAGCUGCGAUGGCCAGCCGCCUGUGACACCUGAUGCGCUACUGUAUGUAACGACCAUUUUUAGGGGUUCAUGUAAAGGGGGAAGACAUUUACAUGGUCCAACACCAAGUGAGCGGUGCUCAGAGACAUCUCUGCAGCCUCAGCAUGGAGUAAUGCAGAGGGCCUGCAGCAGAAUGUGGUGAAUGCCCAGUCUGAAGACACUGAGGUGUGCACCAUGGUGAUGUCAGACAUAUUCUUAUACAAUGUCUUGGUAAGAAAAUGUCUUUUUAUAAUGUAUUAAUGUCUGUAAAUAAAGAUGUGGAAACAAAAUUA